CCAGUGUUGUUUUAGAAGUUCGCAGUGUGUUGGCGUCAACGUUAGGCUUGACUCAUGCCAAUUAUUCAUCCGUUCUUUCCAAGUUAACUAAAUUUCUUUGACGACAUGGCGUUCAUACACCGGUCAGGUGUUGCUAUUAUACUGAUAUUUUUUUCUGGAGUAAUAAUUAAAGCGACAUGGUCACAAAGUGACGAAGAGGGCCACUGCAUCUGGUAUGGCACGUGUGGGACUGACGAGACCACUGGGAAAGAUCUCAACUGCUGGUACAAUGGGACGGCGAAACCUCUCACCGACAAACACGCUCUCGGCGUCCUGAAGUCCUACUGUCCAGACAUCUACAACAUGGCAGGUGGCAAACAGGUGAAAACCUGCUGCACGCCGAAACAGAUUGCAAGUCUGGAGUCGAGCAUGGGUGUCCCGCGUCAGUUUUUCUCGCGAUGUCCGACGUGCCUGCACAACUUCCUCAACCUGUACUGCUACUUUUCGUGUGCGCCGCACCACAGCUCGUUCAUGUAUGCCAGCCCCAACGACACGCAGCCGGGCACCAAGCCUGGGACGCUUGCCAUCAAGCGCGUGAACGUCUCCAUCUCCUCAGACUUUGGCGUCGGCAUGUUCAACUCCUGCAGGCACGUCCAGAUGCCAAGCGCAAACGUGGCCGCGAUCAGUGCCCUCUGCGGGAAGACGGCCGCGCAGUGCACGCCACAGAACUGGCUCGACUACAUGGGCAGUACGAGCAACGGCCAGACGCCAUUCCAGAUCAACUUCAACAUCACGGACGAGACGCUACACUACCCAGACAACACGACGCUCGUUCCAAUGAACGCCACCAUCGUGCCGUGCUGGAAGGCCCUUGACAACCACUCCCACCCAUGCAGCUGCGAGGACUGCCCUGCCACGUGCACCCCGUCCAUACCCCCUCCACCGCCACCACCGCCAUUCACCAUACUGCACUUUGACGGGUACGGUUUCAUAGCCACCAUGAUCUUCGUCGUCUUUCUCAUCUUUUUUGGAACGUACACCAUCUGUUACAACAUUAUCGUGCAGGAUUCGCUGUCGUUGGACGGACUCGAGGAAGAAGAUUCCGAGGGGUUCAGUAUUUACAAGAUCGACAAAACAGGCCGGAAGCGCAGGCGGAAGAAUUCGUAUUCUCAGAUCACGUACGAGCAGCUGGGCUGUUUGGAGAAGUUUGGCGCACGGAUGGACACACUGUUUGAGCGGUACUUCACGCGGUGGGGGACGAUGUGCGCGCGCUACCCCAAAACCGUUCUUGCAGUCAGCUUCGUCGUCAUCGUCAUAUUCUCGUGUGGUUUGGUCUACUUCACGGUGAUAACGGAUCCCGUCAAGCUGUGGUCGGCACCUGGAAGUAAAGCUCGGGAAGAGAAAAACUACUUCGAUAAUCACUUUGCUCCAUUCUAUCGAACGGAGCAGUUGAUUAUAACUCGGACUGGAAACCAUUCGAAAGUUCGGCACAACACUGGUUCUUCGACUGAAGAUACGUACUUCAGUCCAAUCUUCGACAAGGAUUUCUUACAUCAGGUUUUAGAUUUGCAGAAUGCAAUAAGUUCCAUCACGGCAGACUACGACGACGGAGUUGUGUCCCUUGAAGACAUCUGCUUCCUGCCGUUGGCGCCGGAACACAAGGUCUGUGCCGUGACCUCGAUGCUCCAGUACUAUCAGAACAGUCACCACAUGCUUGACUAUAAGAUUAUGGACGAAUUCGGCUUUUUUGUACUUGCGGACUAUCUUGAUCACUUCCAGUACUGUGUUAUGGCGCCGACUUCUAUCAACGACACGACAAAACUGCACACAUCUUGUUUGUCUGACUGGGGAGGUCCUGCCUACCCGUGGGUAGUACUCGGUGGAUAUGAUGGUCAAAACUAUAAGAACGCUACGGCCUUGGUUAUCACCUAUCUUGUUGACAACAGCAUCGACUUCAACAACAACUCGAGGGCAAAGGCCUGGGAGGGGGCGUUUCUACGCUUUAUCGAGAGCUACGACAACCCCAACAUGAGCAUCGCCUACUCGUCGGAACGGUCGAUUGAGGAUGAGAUAGAGCGUGAAAGCAGUGGGGAUGUGGUGACCAUCUUAAUCAGCUAUUUGAUCAUGUUUGCCUACAUCAGCCUGACCCUCGGGCAGAUACACAGCUGUGACCGCAUACUGAUUGACUCGAAGAUCACGCUUGGUCUGGCGGGCGUCGUGAUCGUCCUGUUCUCGGUGUCGUGUUCUCUAGGAUUCUUCAGCUAUGUGGGUCAGCCAGCCACACUGAUCAUCGUCGAGGUCGUCCCCUUUCUCGUUCUGGCCGUCGGUGUCGACAACAUCUUCAUCCUUGUACAGGCCUAUCAGCAUGACAAGCGGUACUCAACGGAGGAGCUGGAGCACCAGAUCGGGAGGAUUGUGGGUAAAGUGGGUCCCAGCAUGCUCCUCACCAGCUGUUCCGAGUCUGUGGCUUUCUUCAUUGGUGCCAUGACCGACAUGCCAGCGGUGAGAAUUUUCACAAUGUAUGCAGCAAUGGCCGUCUUGUUUGACUUCUUGCUGCAGAUUUCCUGUUUCGUUUCCUUGCUCACUCUCGAUGCCAAACGCCAAGAGAAAAAUCGCUAUGACAUCUGCUGCUGUGUGAAAGAAUCGACAAAGGAGAAAACCGAAGAGUCUGAGGGAUUGUUGUACACGGUGAUGAACAAAUACUACUCGCACUUCCUGAUGAAGGAGUGGGUGCGGCCUAUUGUUAUGGUGGUUUUCACAGGCUGGUGCUGUGUUAGCGUGGUGCUAGCGUCAAGGGUUGAGAUUGGACUGGAACAGAAACUCUCCAUGCCGCACGACUCUUACAUGAUCAACUACUUCAACAAUAUUUCCAAAUACCUGUCGGUUGGGGCACCAGUCUAUUUUGUCGUUGAGGACGGCCACAACUACACGUCAAGUCGCGGUCAGAAUCAGAUCUGUGGAAGUAACGGAUGCGAUGAAAUGUCACUGCUCGGACAGAUCUUCAAGGCUUCACAGACACCAAACUAUACUCGGAUUGCCCACCCAGCUUCCUCAUGGCUCGACGAUUACUUCAACUGGAUGGACCCUGAAGGAAAUCCACCCUGUUGCCGUAGAAACAAUGUAACAGAAGGAUUCUGUAAGGCAACCAUUAACGAUCCAGUUCACUGUCACCAGUGUAUCAGCAACUUGGAGUAUUCUGGGGGAAGACCGGCCGAGUCGGACUUUAUGACUUACCUCCCCUGGUUCCUCAAGGAUAACCCCGAGAUCAAGUGUGCCAAAGGCGGCCAUGCUGCAUAUGGACAAGGUGUUCAGUUACUCAGUAACAACACACGAGUUGGAGCAACCUACUUCAUGACGUACCACACAAUACUGAAGACGUCGUCUGACUUCAUCGAAGCGUUACGACACGCCCGAAUGCUCUGCGACAACAUUAACCAGGACAUGAACAUGACCAAACACGGCUACAGAGUGUUUCCGUACAGCAUAUUCUACGUGUUCUAUGAACAGUACCUGACGAUAGUGAAUGAUGCAUUCACGAACCUCAUGUGGUGUGGUGCAGCUAUCUUCGUUGUGUCGACGAUCCUGCUUGGGUUUGAGGUGUACUCCGCCUUCAUCGUCGUCAUCACCAUCACCUUCAUCAUCAUUGACAUGCUCGGGCUCAUGUACCUGUGGGGCGUCUCCAUGAACGCCAUCGCCCUCGUCAACCUCGUCAUGACUAUUGGAAUAUCAGUUGAAUUCUGUUCCCACAUCAUGCGAGCGUUCACAUUCAGCACAGAGCUCACAAGAAAGGAAAGAGCGAAAGACGCACUCGCACACAUGGGCAGUUCCGUACUGAGCGGCAUCACGCUCACCAAGCUGGUCGGUGUGAUUGUGCUGGCAUUCUCCAAGUCUCAACUCUUCCAGGUCUUCUACUUCAGAAUGUAUCUCGGAAUCGUCAUCUUCGGGGCCACUCACGGGCUCAUUUUCCUUCCCGUUUUUCUCAGCUACUUUGCUGGUGGCUCAACCGCCAGUGGCGCUCCCUCCUGUGAUACCGCCCCCACCGAGUCCUCCGGAGAGGAAGCAACCACCUGUGGAGCCCGCAUCCCCGGAACGGCCGUACACCACCCAGGAGAUCGUCAGAUUCAAACGGACGAGUGUGCCACCACCUACUUCAACCUCCACCCCAAAGACGACGACUCCGGUGAAGCGGUCAACAACGACCGCUCCCGUCGAGUCGCCACUUGGACUUGUUGUUCCGGCGACAAAAAGGAAGGCAACAUCACCGACCACCCAGCCAGCCAAGACCAAGCCGCCGCCGGAAUCCGCUCCCCCUGUUGA